GACUACAAUGGAUGAGAAUGUGUUCAGUGUGCAGCAGAUUCAGCCCAAUGUCAUCUCGGUGAGGCUUUUCAAGCGCAAGGUUGGGGGUCUCGGGUUCCUUGUGAAGGAACGUAUCAACAAACCACCGGUGAUCAUCUCAGACCUGAUCCGAGGAGGGGCAGCCGAACAAAGUGGCCUUAUUCAGAGAGGGGACAUUAUUCUAGCAGUCAAUGGAAGGCCUUUGGUGGAUAUGAACUAUGGAAACGCUCUGGAGGUCCUGAGGAGCGUCACCUCGGAAACCUACGUUGUUCUCAUCUUGAGAGGCCCGGAAGGUUUCACCACUCAUUUAGAGACUACCUUCACUGGCGACGGGACACCAAAGACUGUCCGAGUCACCCGGCCCUUGUGUACGACCCCGACUUCGGUUGACUUGCCGUCCAGUCCGAGCAUCCUCACCAAAGAUCAGCAGCAAGGGGCGGACCUCGCUACAAUGGGUGGUUCCGUCAGUUCUCGAUGUGCCCGAGAGAAUGGGCAGGGAGACGAGUCUUUGGUGCAUGUCAACGGUGUGGUUUCUGGCACCGUUGCAGUGGACUCCCUGAAAGGUAACAGCGACGACAUUUCUGAGCGUUGCCUGAAUGGUAGUGUUGAAAACAGUGAACUGUUAAAAGAGAUCGAGCCGGUCCUGGACCUUCUGAAGAACAACAGCAAGGAACUCAACAGAGAAGCGCAAUCCAAGAUGGACAAACGAGAUGUGGAGGUUCAGGUGGACGGGGAAGAAGACCAGAAGUCUGUGAAGUCUCUGCCAGCUGGGAUGGAGAAUAACCGAGUCAUCAGUGACUACUGGGGAAAUACCAACACAUCUGUUGUUGUUGUGAGCAAUGCCUCUUCAGAAAACAACCAGCUGCCACCCUCGGGCCGGCAUUCACCAACCAAGGGCCUGGUGAACGGGAGCCCUUCCAAGUGCCCGCGCUUUGCUAAAGUCAAGAACUGGGAGACGGGUUCCGUGCUCAACGACACCUUGCAUCUCAAGAGUUCCUUGGUGACGCCCUGUAGCGAGAACGUCUGCAUGGGUUCCGUCAUGUUCCCUUCCCAGUACAUCCGAAAGCCAGAAGUCAAGACGAAGGAACUGCUGCUCCCGCUAGCGAAAGAAUUCAUCGAUCAGUACUAUUCCUCUAUCAAGAGGUUCGGCUCCAAGGCCCACAUGGAGAGGCUGGAAGAAGUAACCAAGGAGAUUGAAACGACGGACACUUACCAGCUGCGCGAUACAGAGCUGAUCUAUGGAGCGAAGCAUGCCUGGCGCAAUGCCUCCCGUUGCGUGGGCAGGAUUCAGUGGUCCAAGUUGCAGGUGUUUGAUGCCCGGGACUGCACCACCGCCCAUGGGAUGUUCAACUACAUUUGCAACCACAUAAAAUACGCCACUAACAAAGGGAACCUCAGGUCUGCCAUCACCAUAUUUCCCCAGAGGACUGACUGCAAACACGACUUCCGAGUCUGGAACCCUCAGCUCAUCCGAUACGCUGGCUACAAACAGCCGGACGGCAUCAUCCUGGGAGACCCGGCCAGUAUCGAGCUGACAGAGCUCUGUGUACAGCAAGGGUGGAAAGCUCCCAGGGGCCGCUUUGACAUCCUGCCGCUGCUUCUCCAAGCCAACGGCAAUGACCCGGAACUCUUCGAAAUCCCACCUGAGCUGGUGCUGGAAGUACCCAUUCGGCACCCCAAAUUUUCCUGGUUUAAAGACUUGGGGCUGAAGUGGUACGGCUUGCCGGCUGUUGCCAACAUGCUGCUAGAGAUCGGAGGCUUGGAGUUCUCUGGCUGCCCCUUCAGUGGAUGGUACAUGGGGACUGAGAUCGGAGUUCGCGAUUACUGUGACAAUUCUCGCUACAACAUCCUGGAGGAAGUUGCCAAGAAGAUGAACUUGGACAUGCGGAAGACAUCUUCACUGUGGAAGGACCAGGCAUUGGUGGAGAUCAAUAUUGCUGUCUUGUACAGCUUCCAGAGCGACAAAGUGACCAUUGUGGACCAUCACUCCGCCACCGAGUCCUUCCUCAAGCACAUGGAGAACGAGUACCGGUGCCGGGGUGGGUGCCCUGCUGACUGGGCGUGGAUCGUCCCCCCGAUGUCUGCCAGUAUCACCCCUGUCUUCCACCAGGAAAUGCUCAACUACAGGCUCACCCCUUCCUUUGAGUACCAGCCUGACCCUUGGAAGACGCAUAUCUGGAAGGGCAUCAAUGGCACUCCAACCAAGAAGAGAGCCAUCGGGUUUAAAAAGCUAGCCAAAGCGGUGAAGUUUUCCGCCAAGUUGAUGGGGCAGGCAAUGGCGAAGAGAGUGAAGGCCACCAUCCUGUACGCCACGGAAACAGGAAAGUCCCAGGUCUAUGCAAAAACCCUGUGCGAAAUCUUCAAGCAUGCCUUUGAUGCCAAGGUGACGUCAAUGGAUGAGUAUGACAUUGUCCACCUGGAGCAUGAAACCCUCGUGCUGGUGGUCACAAGCACCUUUGGCAAUGGAGACCCACCUGAGAAUGGCGAGAAAUUUGGCUGUGCUCUGAUGGAAAUGAGGAAUCCGAACUCCAACCUGGAAGAGAGGAAGAGCUACAAGGUGCGUUUCAACAGCGUCUCUUCUUACUCGGAUGCCCGGAAAUCCUCCAGCGAUGGACCAGAAUCCCGGGACAACUUUGAGAGCACCGGGCCACUGGCCAAUGUCAGAUUCUCCGUCUUUGGCCUGGGGUCACGUGUCUACCCCCACUUCUGCGCCUUUGCCCGUGCCGUGGACACUCUCUUGGAGGAGCUGGGAGGGGAACGCAUUCUGAAGAUGGGAGAGGGGGACGAGCUGUGCGGGCAAGAGGAAUUCUUCAGGACCUGGGCCAAGAAGGUCUUCAAGGCAGCGUGUGACGUGUUCUGCGUGGGGGACGACGUGAACAUUGAGAAGGCCAACAACUCCCUCAUCACCAAUGACCGGAGCUGGAAGAGGAGCAAAUUCCGCCUGACUUACGUAGCCGAGGCCCCGGAACUAACGCAAGGUUUAUCCAGCAUCCAUAAAAAACGAGUCUUCGCAGCCCGGUUGCUAUCGCGUCAGAAUUUACAAAGCCCCAAGUCCAGCCGCUCCACAAUCUUCCUGCGGCUUCACACCAAUGGGGAGCAGGGGCUACGUUACCUCCCUGGAGAUCACCUGGGUGUGUUUCCGGGCAACCAUGAAGAGCUGGUCAAUGCCUUGAUCGAACGGCUUGAAGAUGCGCCUCCCGCCAAUGAACUGGUGAAGGUGGAACUCUUGGAAGAAAGAAGUACAGCUUUAGGUGUCAUCAGCAACUGGACAGAAGAGAACCGUAUUCCGCCCUGCACCAUCUUCCAGGCCUUCAAAUACUACCUGGACAUCACCACCCCUCCCACCCCCCUCCUGUUACAGCAGUUUGCCUUGCUGGCCACCGACGAGGAUGACAAGACGCGCCUCCAGGUUCUUAGCAAAGGUCUGCAGGAGUUCGAGGAGUGGAAAUGGUCCAAGAACCCCACCCUGGUCGAAGUUCUGGAAGAGUUUCCGUCGGUGCAGAUGCCCUCGACUCUCCUCCUGACCCAGCUUCCGGUCCUUCAGCCUCGCUACUAUUCCAUUAGCUCCUCCCCUGACAUGUGCCCUGACGAGGUCCACCUCACAGUGGCUGUGGUCUCCUAUCACACCAGAGAUGGGGAAGGACCAAUUCAUCAUGGGGUCUGUUCCUCAUGGUUCAACCAGAUACAAACAGAUGAAGUGGUGCCAUGUUUUGUCAGAGGAGCUCCUGGAUUCCACAUGCCACAAGAUCCACAGGUUCCCUGCAUCCUGAUUGGUCCCGGGACUGGAAUCGCUCCUUUCCGGAGCUUCUGGCAACAGCGACUCUUUGAUGUGAAACAAAAAGGGCUGGAGCCGUUUCCCAUGACUCUGGUCUUUGGUUGCCGACAGUCCAAGAUAGACCACAUUUACAAGGAGGAGACCCUAUUGGCCCAAAACAAAGGGGUCUUCAAGGAGCUCUACACAGCCUACUCCCGGGAGCCAGACAUACCAAAGAAAUAUGUGCAGGAUAUCCUGCAGGAACAGCUGGCAGAAUAUGUUUACAUCGCACUGAAGGAGGAAGGCGGCCACAUCUAUGUGUGUGGGGAUGUCACCAUGGCCGGGGAUGUCCUCAAGACCAUCCAGAGCAUUGUGAGUCAACAGGGCCAGUUGGCAGCAGAAGAGGCCAGCGCUUUCAUUAGCAAACUAAGGGAUGACAACCGUUACCACGAAGAUAUAUUUGGAGUCACCUUGCGCACCUACGAAGUGACUAACCGCCUCCGAUCUGAGUCGAUUGCGCACAUUGAGGAGAGCAAGAAAGACACGGAUGAGGUUUUUUGUUCUUAACCACCACCGUGUUGCCCCUGAUGGGACGCCAAGCCAGGCCAGUCAGAGUAGCUCCUGCUGCUCUCUUCCAGCCCA